CAAAGCAAAAGGGGGCUAAAGCAUACAUAGAGAGUUCAGCAUGAGGAGCUUACGCAGCUUUUUCAUGGUUACGGAGAGCAACAAGGCUUAUAUUGCAAUGCUAUUUAUACAGUGUGUUUAUGCAGGCAUGGCCUUGUUUUCGAAAGCAGCCAUGGCCAAAGGAAUGAACCCUUGUGUGUUUGUUGUUUACCGGCAAGCAUUCGCCUCGCUCGCCUUGGCUCCAUUCGCUUUCUUCACCGAAAGGAAGAACUCUUCUCCCCUCUCCUGCGAGUUGCUGUUCAAGAUUUUUUUAGUUUCCUUAUUUGGGAUUACCGUGAGCUUAAAUCUUUACUAUUUUGCAAUAAGCUACACAUCUGCAACAUUUGCCGCCGCCUCGACAAACCUAAUUCCUGCCAUUACCUUCAUCAUGGCCGUACUGUUGAGGCUGGAAAGCAUUUCCAUAAAGCAAUGGCAUGGAGUGGCUAAAGUUUUGGGUUCGAUGCUGUGUGUUUCUGGGGCUUUGGUGUUUGCUUUUGUGAAGGGUCCUCUCAUAAAGCUGAUGAACAAUUACCCAACAGAGCUAAGCCAGGGGGUUUCAAGUUCAUCAUCAGUAAAGUCUAGUUCCAAAGAGGAAUGGGUAAAAGGUUGUCUUGUCAUGCUCUUGGCCAACACUGCCUGGUCUUCAUGGCUCAUCAUGCAGGUUUCUAUUGCGAAGCAAUACCCAGCGAAGCUAAGGCUUACAACCCUGCAAUGCUCAUUUAGUUGCAUGCAAUCAGCAGUUUGGGCUGUGGCUGUGGAGAGAAAUGUGUCAUCAUGGAAGCUUGGAUGGGAUGUCCAUCUUCUUUCUGUGGCCUAUUGUGGAAUAAUUGUAACAGGGAUAACAUACUGGAUGCAAGUUUGGGUUAUAGACAAGAAAGGGCCAGUGUUUACAGUAAUUUUCACUCCAUUGGCCCUCAUUAUAACAGCUAUCUCCUCAUCUUUCUUGUGGAAGGAGGUCCUUUACUUGGGAAGUGGUUGUGGGGCAAUUUUGCUAGUGGCAGGCCUGUAUUGUGUUCUCUGGGGGAAGAACAAAGAAGGGAACAGGGAAAUGAGUGAGGCAAAAUCAUCAGAAGCCAAGGACGUAGUACUUCAGGAGUGCAUUACACAUCAGUGACUGAUGGGACUGGUGGCUGCAAAUACAAAUUGCGGUGUAUAGAAAGGGAUGUUGCCAAAACUAAACUUCGGUCCAAUCACAUCUGUAUCAUUAGCCAGUGGGAGAUUAAUCAGUAAUUUCUUAAUUGCUGGGAAUAUUGCAUAUCUUGUAAAAUUCUCAACUUGUCUUGAUUUUACCUUCAGCCGGGGAAAAGAAAAAAAGAGAGGAAGAAAAGAAAAGCACAGAAAAUUAAUUUUCACCACAUUCUAUAUUCUGUUUGGUUGGUGAGAAAACUAGUAGAGGGAAAA